AUGUGGGCCUCGGAUUUGGUCACGGUCAUCAAACUCAGGACCAAGACAAUUGGGCUUACAAGUACCUUCUUCAUGCUGUACGAUUUCCUGGAUUAUUUCAACAAGGACGAUGCGACUGAACUGGAACGAGACAAAUUCCUCGCCAUUAUCGAUCAGAUCUUCAAAGAUUGGUCACCUAUUGAGAAGGAAGCGAUCAUAUUUCAGUACACGGACUGGGAGAACCUGGAGAACGGGUACCUGAAUCAGAAGGCAGUGGCAGAUGUUGUUGGUGACUAUUUCUUCAUCUGUCCGUCUAACCUCUUCGCUUACCUGUACUCCGAGGCUGGUGGUACCGUCUACUACUACUUCUUUACACACAGGACAACGGUCAAUCCCUGGGGAACCUGGAUGGGUGUCCUUCACGCUGACGAGAUUGACUACGUGUUCGGACUGCCCCUCAACAGGUCUCUAGGAUACUCAGACAUCGAGGAGGAUUUAUCCAGACGCAUUAUGGGUUAUUACAAGAAGUUUGCCGCCACUGGACGACCAGUGGGUAGGAGGGAGGAAUGGCCGCUUUACACACGAGACCAGCCAAUGUAUUACGAGUGGAAUGGCGUCACGACUGGCCUAGGCAAGGGACCCAGGGCAACUGGCUGUGCCUUUUGGAAUGAACUGAUGCCUAUUUUACGAAAGAAACAAGGUGGCGGCAUCUGUGAGAGUGAGAUGCAAAAGGCAUUGAACUCAGCCUCGAUCGUGGGCCCGGAGUCAUUAGGCUGGCUUAUCAGUUUGUUUACAUUCUUCUACUGGAACAUCUAAUACAGUUACGAGUUGGGGUGUAUAUUUUGUAAUUAUUCCAUGUCGUAUGAAGGUUUGAGAGAGGGAUAGUUUGUGUUGGAUAGUAGUGGAUAGUUCUCCCUACGUGAUAUGACUGGUGGAGUGGAGGAAAAUGCAGGAGUAAAUGAGAAAAUGGGAAAAAUAUAUAAGAUAGAAACAUAACGACGCCACAGAAAACGGAAGAAAAAGUGAAAAGGAAAUUUUUAGGAGAAACUUAACAAAAAAACCAAUACAAAGUUGUUGUUUUUUUCUCGCUGUUCUUGAUUAAUAGUAAAUAGUUAAUCUGUGUGUUUAGAAAUAUACUUUUGUUGUGAGAUUAGAAGAAAAAUAUCAUGUUAAUUUGAUGGCUAUUUGACGAGAAAUACAAAUUUACUGGACUUUGUUGUGGUAGUAAGGAUGAUGGAACUCACGGGAAAGAUUAACAUAAACUAACAUUGAUUUAACCAAAGAGACACACACAAUCAGUGACGUGUAAACUGAGUAAUAAUUGUGCUUGACGGUGAAAUUGAUGGGAAUUAAAUGAUGAUGAAGAAGGUGACGUUUCUGACUUUGUGAACCAGGAAAGUCGAAGCUAGUCCUUGAAGCCGCCAACUCCACCGGCAGAAUGAUGGACACUGCCAGGAUGCUCACCCGACAACCUUCUGUAUUGCUUGUGAAGUUAUUACUGGAUAUAUAAUUUAAUAGCUUUGCCAAUAACUACGAAGCUAUAGUAAUUAUAUGUAUCGUAUGUAACCCCACACGAGUACGUAUUCAGUAUAUAGUGACGGGUGGUGGAUAGUGCACGAUGGUGAGUCUUGUUUAUUAAGUGAAAGUGAAGUCGACACAGCGAGGGGAUUCAAACACUUGCGAUGAUGACGUCAGGAUCGGUGUUUAAGAUGAUGACGUCAGGAUCGGUGUUUAAGAUGAUGACGUCAGGAUCGGUGUUUAUGAUGAUGACGUCAGGAUCGGUGUUUAAGAUGAUUACGUCAGGAUUGGUGUUUGUGAGGAUGACGUCAGGAUCGGUGUGAGGAUGACGUCAGGAUCGGUGUUUAGGAGGAUGACGUCAGGAUCGAUGUUAUGAUGACGUCAGGAUCGGUGUUUAUAUGAUGACGUCAGGAUCGGUGUUUAUAAGGAUGACGUCAGGAUCGGUGUUUAUAAGGAUGACGUCAGGAUCGGUGUUUAAGAUGAUGACGUCAGGAUCAGUGUUUAUAAGGAUGACGUCAACAGGCACUCCUGCACUUGGUAAGGUAACGUCAUCACCUCUGUAAACACAUAAUUCUAAGAAAAUAAUUAUCAAAACAUCUGUAUAUCGACCCUG